AUGCGCCUGCAGGUUGAGUCGUUAUUGACGAUUGACGAAGAGGACAUCGAAUUCGACGCGUUGAUGGACGAGUUCCGUACCUAUUAUACCUAUUACAUCCAGAAGCACCCAGGUCUGGAUGACGAAAGUCUCUUCUCGUCGCUUCACGGCCACAAUGAAGCAACUGUGUCGAAACCCGAACAAUCGAAGCUUUACAAGGAUAGGAAAUGCCCGUGUGGGUUCCGAAAGACUCAACACAAGGCAUGGAGCUGUUGGUUGAUCGAUAAGGAUGAACCGAAGCGUCCUGACAGCUUCAAAAUACCCAAGGAGCGUCAGGAUAGGAUUGACGAAGCACUCAAAGAUAGGCCAUACCGAAAGUGGCUUAUGAAGAGGAUCGUGAAGCACAAUUUCGCUGCAGCAGCUAGUACUUUCGAUAUCGGCAAAUGGGUCAUAUGA